CCUAGCUGCAGUGCCUUGUCCGCGCCUUGUGUGGGGCACAUGCCUACCAGGUGAGGGAGGGUGGAUAGGUGCCCUCCCACGUCCCACCGUCCCACUGUCCUACGUCUUGUUUCUAGUUUCUAGUUCCGUAUCGUAUCGGUGCUCGCCUGUGCUUGAGCUUUUGAGUGUGCUUGUGUUUGAUAGUGGCAAGGGACGGGGGAGGGGGAGGGGGAGGGGGCAGGUCUGGGAAGGAGGAUGGAGUGGCUGGAUUUAUACGCCGAUAGACGCUUUGGGAGUGUACGAUAUAAGGGACGGAUGGCAAUCAUGGAUUCCUUUCCCUUUUCCGUCCCCACUGUUUCUUGUCCUUGUCCUCCUCCAACUACCUCCUCCAGCUCCUCCCCCUCCUCCUCCUCCUCCUCCCUCCUGUUCACGGAGACGUGACAAACCCCAGAGAACAGCAGCAAAAUGGAUCCAGUCCGGCCGCAAACUCCGCCUCCACCUCUCGAGGGAGUCUCCUUGACCGAGCAUGUUCCUUCGUACGACGAGAAGAAGGACUUCCACAAUGUGGGAAUCGACAGCGACGAGAACAAGAGUGUCCACGAGAUCGAGUCGGAUCCCUUCGUUCCCUUUCCCGACGACCCGAAUAUGCCCCGGGAGGCGCACUCGCAGAUUCUCACUAUCCGCGCUGUCGUCACGGGAUGCAUUCUCGGCGGUCUCGUUAAUGCGUCGAAUGUUUAUUUGGGAUUGAGGACCGGGUGGACUUUCCCGGCAAAUCUCUUCGGCACGAUCUUUGGCUUCGCGUUUCUCAAGUUCUGUAGCCGCACGUUCGGAGAGAAUUUCCCCAUUCUCGGCGGCAGCUUUGGCCCGAAGGAGAAUGCCAUCGUCCAGACCGCUGCUACAGCGGCGGGUGGGCUCGGUGGCAUCUUCGUCUCUGCGAUCCCGGCGCUAUAUCAGAUGGACCUUCUCGGAGAUCCCGUCUCCGACUUCCCUAGGCUCCUAACGUUCACUAUUGUCUCCGCCUACUAUGGAUUACUCUUUGCGACACCUCUGCGGAAGUUCUUCAUCAUCCAUGUUGCGCGUGAGCUUAAUCUCAUCUUCCCAACUGCGACGGCCGCCGCCAUGACGAUUCGGUCGAUGCAUUCCAUCGGUGGUGACUCGAACGUCAAUGCGAUGAAGAGGACCCGUGCACUGGGUAUCACGUUCGCGGUCUGCUUGGCUUUCCGUGUUGGAGCUUCCUACGCCCCAGGUAUCCUGUGGGAUUGGCAUAUCUUCAGUUGGUUCUUCGAGUGGAGUAACUACUCCAACGCCGCCCUGGCCAUCGAGAACUGGGGAUGGUUCAUCGAGUGGACGCCCGCCUUCAUUGGCAGUGGUAUGCUCGUCGGUCUCAACCCGGCCAUUUCGUUCUUUGGAGGAGGCGUUCUUGCGUGGGGUAUCAUCGGACCGGCGCUUGUGCAUAAUGGUGCUGCAUACGGAGUCUCCUUGUUCUCUCCGGAAGAACCGCAGUAUGAGCACUGGGGCGGCCUCGUUUCGUUCAACUCUUUCAAUCUGAAGGAUCCCAAGAAUAUGCCAUCGCCCCGAUACUGGCUACUGUGGCCUGGUGUCCUACUCAUGAUCUGUGCUUCCUUCGCUGAACUCGGAGUUCAGUACAAACUCCUUGGCUUUGCUAUGAAGAGUGUCUGGAAAGCCAUUGCGGGAGGUACAAAUUUCCUCGCCACAAAAAUGGGAAAGCCGAGUGUGUUUCUCGACAAGCAAGCCAAUUCCGAAUCCGAUAUGGUCGACCAAGACCCCGCAGCGGAAGAGGAUCAAGUCAAGCUGUGGCAGUGGGGACCCUCAUUGAUCCUUGUCAUCAUCGCGACCUGUAUAGUCCUAGGUCUUCAAUACCAACUAAAUGUCGGCCUUUCCAUCCUCGCCAUCCUUUUGGGCUUCAUCUUUGCCUUCUUGGCUAUUCAGUGCACAGGAGCGACCGACACGACGCCCCUUACGGCUGCAGCGAAGGCCACUCAGUUGGUCUUGGGGGCUGCAACCCAAAGCCACCCUAUCCUCAUCGCCCAGCGGAUGAAUCUUGUCGGGGGUGCCAUCGCAUCCGGUGCAGCAAGCCAGUCCACUGAUCUGGUCGUCGACUACCGUGUUGGAUUCCUACUUAAAACUCCACCGAAAUUGCAGUGGUAUGCGCAGAUCGUCGGCAGCAUCGUCGCCAUGUUUCUGUCGCCCGGGAUGUUCAUCCUCUUCAUGAAAGCCUACCCCUGCGUCAUCGAUCUCACAGCGGAGACAUGCAGCUUUCAAGCGCCCAGCGUCGCCGCCUGGCGCGCCGUCGCUAUCGCCGUUACAGACCCGACCUUCCCGGUGCCCAACAGCUCUGGCAUCUUCGCGAUCGUCUUGGGCCUCUUCUCGAUCAUCGUCGUCAUCUUCCGGCACAACUAUCUCGCCGGCGAGCGGGCCAAGUACCGCAAGUUUGUCCCGAACUUCAUGGCCGUGGGUCUCGCCUUCGUCCUGCCCGCCACCCAGUACGGUACCGCUAUGUUGAUGGGCUCCAUCGUUGCCGUGAUCUGGGCAAAGCGUAAUCCCGUCGCUUUCGAUAUUUUCUGCUACGCUGUCGCGGCCGGAAUGAUUGCCGGUGAGGGAUUGGGCGGCGUCGUUAAUGCCGUCCUGGAGAUUGCCGGCAUCGGAAGCAGUGUUUAUGCUUCGCCCGCGGGGUGCCCCGGUGGCAUGGUCUGCUAGGUGUGGUGUUUUGCGCAAUGUUGGUUAUUAUACUGUCGUUGGACGUUUUUUUUAUGACCGUGACGGAGAAACGGAGACACGGUGGUAAUUUGAUGUAUUCAUGAUCAUGUCGACGUGUUUAGGGAUGUGUCGUGCCUCCUACUGGUGAAGUGAUGAACAAAGUCGGCGAACAUGAACUUGGAUGUAGAGAGUGGUGUCUCCGGC